AUGUUUUUAAAACCUUUUACAUAUCCACUACCCGAAACAAGGUUUCUUCAUGCAGGCAGAAGUGUAUAUAAACUUAAAAUCAGAUAUGGCAACUUCCUCAGCAGUGAUGAUAUAGACAAUAAUGAAAGUACUGCCAAGGAACUAGAGGAAGCCAUUCGAGUAAUCAUUGGAAAUCUUGAUAAUUUACAUCCAUUUGCUACAGAACGCUUGACUAUAUUUCCAUAUUUAAGUAAAUGGGAGAGAGUAUCAAAAUUGAGAUUCAAACAUGGGGAUACAUUUCUUGCUCCAUAUCCUCAUGUUUGCACUAUGUAUGUUGAACUCAAUUCAUUUCAGCAAAGUAUAUUUGUUGGAAAAGAAAUAAAUAUGGAUGCUUGUAACUUUGUCAAGGAUAGAAUUGAAAUGAUAGAAAAUGUUGAAACAGAAGCAACAGUGAAGUGGAGAAGAGUGGAAGAUCCAGCAGAAAUUUCACAUGCAAAGCCAUGUAUGGAUAGAACUGAAACUGAAAAUAUUCACACUGGAAGCAAGUCAAAAGGUGACUUCGGAAUGUCAGAAGAUAUUCAGCAGAAAUAUCAGGAUCCUGCAGCCCUUAGGAAGGACUAUGGCCAUAUGAGUGUAUGGGAACCUGUGGAAUAUAAAAUUGAACAAAGCACAGAAACCACCCAGAAAGAAGGUAAAAUGCAACUGCAACAGCAAAUCAGCCCCAUUAGAAAUGAAGGAAAUGUGGAGUCAAAAGGAAGAGGUUUCCUUGAGUUAGUGAAAAGUGCAGAGCACUCCGAUGUUGGCACCGACAACUACGAUUACAUCAGCACUGCCAGCACCAACCACCUUGGGUGGGACUGGCUGGUCCAGAAAGGAUUGGACUGGAACUUCAUUGAAGGUCAAGACCGCACCACCUUUCGGUACCUGGAGUGGUACCUCAGCAUUGAAAACAACUUCAUUGGUACUGCCAGAUUUGAUAUCCUCUACUUUGAUGCUUCAAGUUAUGGAAAUGACUCUCUCCACUCUGGCUCACUUCUUGGCACCAGGUGA